GGAGAUAAAAUCAAAGAUCCUAUUGUUUUUUUCAUUGUCUCUUUUUUUUUCUCUCUAAUUUUGCUAUUAAAUAACAUAAAAAUGGCUGAUAAAAAAAACAUAAAAAUGAUUCAAUAUAUUUACUCAGGAACUCUCUCUAUAUUUCUCCUUCUUCUUCACGCCGCCUACCAAAAAUAUAAACACUCUCUCUAUCCCUUGCACUCUCUUUGCAUUUUUCCUAGAAACUAUUUUCAUCUCUCAUAAUUCUCUCCCUUUUUCUUCUUCUUCUUUAUUAUAUUUCCUCUUGUGAAAACAAAAAUAUUUUCUUUUUCUUGUAUGGUUUUUUAAUCUCUCUUUUGUUUUCCCUUUCUCUCUUUGCGUGUGUGAGAUUUUUUUCCUCCUUCAUCACCUUUUGCCGAUUGGUGAUUUCAUUUGCUUCUUCAACCACACUGCUAAACAAAGCAUUGUCAUCACUCAUCACUGCAGUGAGUUUCAUCUAAACAUAUGGAGAUUUGAUCGGAACACUAAGAUCGGACCUUUUCCUUCUGUUUAAUAUUUUUUAGAAUUUUGGAGUUGGAAGUUUCGACUUUUUCCUCUGUUGAUAUGGAUCAUAGAAGACCAAAUGAGACAGAGUUUGAUGAAUUAGAGAAGCUUCUUGGAGAGAUUCCCAAAGUUACUUCAGGAAACGACUAUAGCUCUUUCCCUAUUUGUUUGAGCUCAGCCAGAUCAUCACCAUUUGAAGAACAGAGUACUCAUCUUCCUAUUGAUCGUGCAUUAACCUCUUCAUUUGCUGAAGGAAACUUAAACUUAAACACUCCAGGGAAUCCCCAACUUAUGUUCUUCCCUUCUUACCACUCUCCAAACACCUCACCUUGUGUAUAUACUGACAAGUUUGAUUCAAGAAAACUCGAUCCACUAAUGCUUAGGAAGCUUCAACAUGUUGGUUACUUUCCUAAUUCUCAGCCUCACCAUCAAGCUUUGGAUCAAUCCAAUAUCAACUGGAGGACUAUCGACGAAGAACAGUACAUGCCUAUGAACUCUCAUCUCCUCUAUCUCUGUAAUAACAAGUACCCUUCAAUGGAUACUUCUCCAAGACAUGAACAUUAUCGUCGCCACUCCAACAGAAACUUGUUUUGUAAUGGAGAAAACGGUGAUGAAAGCAUUGUGAGGAAGAAAAUGUACUAUCCGGAGAAGAUUUUAAUGAGAUCGCCACUCGGUUUAAACACUGCUAAAGUCAUAAAGUACGGUACUGUUGGAGUCAAUGAUGAUCUCGCAAUGAGCCUCAACAAUCUAACGUUACAUCCUCCAAAGUACAACUCUCUUGCAGAGGCAAGAGGGAAGAUAUACUACAUGGCCAAGGACCAGCACGGAUGCCGCUUCCUGCAGAGGAAGUUUGCUGAGGGAGAUGGGAACGAUAUCGAUAUGAUCUUUGAUGAGAUCAUUGACUAUAUCAGUGAGCUUACGGUAGACCCUUUUGGAAACUAUCUAGUUCAGAAGCUGCUCGAAGUAUGCGGCGAAGAUCAGAGGAUGGAGAUUGUUCAUUCCAUAGCUAGAAAGCCAGGACUACUUAUUAAAAUCUCUUGUGACAUGCACGGGACUAGAGUUGUUCAGAAGAUCGUUGAAACGGUUAAGAGACAAGAGGAGAUUGCAAUCAUUGUAUCUGCUUUGAAGCAUGGCGUUGUGACAUUGAUAAAGAAUGUAAACGGUAAUCAUGUAGUUCAACGGUGCUUGCAAUACUUGUUACCUCAAUGCAAGAAGUUUCUUUUUGAAGCUGUGAUGUCUCAUUGCGUUGAGCUUGCAACUGAUCGAUAUGGAUGUUGUGUUCUACAAAAAUGUCUUGCCCAUUUCGAAGGAGAACAAAAGGAACACUUAGUCUCUGAGAUUGCAUCUAAUGCUCUACUCUUCUCACAAGACCCUUUUGGGAACUAUGUUCUUCAAUAUGUAUUUGAUCUUAAGCUUCAAGGGGCAAUCAACGCCAUCCUCGAGCGAUUAGAAGGGAGCUACACCAAGUUAUCAAUGCAGAAAUGUAGCAGCAAUGUAGUUGAGAAGUGUCUGAAACUAGCUGAUGACAAACAUCAAGCUCGAAUCAUCAGUGAGCUCAUAACCUAUGGUUGUCUGGAUCAAGUUAUGUUGGAUCCUUAUGGAAAUUAUGUCAUUCAAGCAGCUCUUAAACGAUCCAAGGGGAGUCUUCAUGGUCUUUUGGUUGAUAACAUUAAACUUCAUAUCUCAUCUCUUCGUACCAAUCCUUACGGUAAAAAGGUCCUCUCUGCACUUAGCAUAAAGAAGUAACUCAGCAGAUUUGUACCAAAUGAUGCUGCUUGUUGUUGGUAAAGUUACCUUGUAAGUGUAAUGUAAUGUAACGUAACGUUUUUGAUUCAAAGAUCCAAAGAGACUAAACAUUCAGAGAAUGCCUUUAACCUAAUCUUAUAAUCAUCUCUGUUAUGAAAUAUCAUAUUAAAAGUU